AUGAACAACUGCUAUUCGUCGCUGGAGUUCUUGCUUCUGGUGAGGGAUGUACUUGAAGGUUCAGCGGAGAUGGAGAGGUUGUUGUGUUCAUGCUUUGGUCCGCUGUUCAGGUUACCAGUACGGAGGUGCGCGUUCUCAGCAAAAUUGGUCCAUGGAAUGCUUUCGAGGCAGUUGGUAACCAAGAAACGGUUUGAGAUGUGGCCUGUGUUCGGUGAGGGGUCCGACAAGGUUCUCGCUUGCAGAAUUUGGACAUGUUACAGGCUUACCUUGUGGGGAGUUCGAGCCGGGUACGAGGUGGAUGAUCAAACGAAGCCGAAGAAAACAGACUAUGUUUUCUGGGACAAGUUAUUUGGGGGGAGGUGUAACUUGACUAUAGAAGAUCUGGCGGCGAUGGUUGCGGGGGACAAAACACUGUCUCCAGGGAAGAAGCUAAGAAUCUGUUUGAUAAUCAUUGUUGACGGGGUGCUGAUGCCGAAAACGCAGAAGCCAAAGCCGACGUUGAAGUAUUGGAGGCGUGAGUCGUUUUGGUGGACAAUUAGCAUUAUGAUACCGCAUAAGAAGGUGUUGGGGAAGUUUGAUGACCCCAAAGGUGUGUUCUACGCAAAGCUUAGGCCGGAGAGUGAAUUUCUGGUGGGGUUCCCCCUUGCACUGCAGCUUUGGGCGUUUGAAGCCAUUCCAGUUCUGCUUGACCGGCUUGGAGGCGACGACAGUGUUACCCUCUUGAGCUAUGUUGGGGACAAGCUUCCUACACACACUGGGCUGGUUCUAACCGAUGUGCUUCACGCGGAGCGAAGUCCUAAGUUGGCAGUUCUACCUAUGAUGGAGGUUGACGAGGAUAGAGAGGAUGGGUGGGGUGUGUUCGACUGUGAGAUAUUUGACAGGAAAGUUGCAUACAUGGUGGAGCUUGUGAAGUCGGGGUACAAGUUCAAGACAGGGGAGUGGGGUGGCGGUGAUGCUGCAGAACCACUCUAUGUCCAUAACCUAGGAGAGAGCGAAGCGAAAAGGAAAAUCAGGAAAUUGACACACAAGGAGGAGGCGGGGCCUGUUGGACUGAGAUUUGGUACAAAUCUCUUCCAUUCAUAUUGGGCGUUGAUUACUUUUCUAGAUUGGAUCAAAUAUGUUAGUUGUCGACCUCCUAGAAUCUCGGCCUCAUUCAACGCGAGAAUAUGUCAAAGCUGA